GGCAGCCCGUUGCUAGUGUCGCACUGUCGCCGCAUCUCUCUCUACCGCCUCUCCCGGUAUCUCCUGGAGGCGGCGGCGGAGGCGAGGCCGCGAGGGUGAGAUGGCGGCGGCGGUGUCGCGCGACGACGAGCUGGUGAUCAAGUCACCCAACGACCAGCGCUCCUACCGCCUCCUCCGCCUCGCCAACGGCCUCUGCGCCCUCCUCGUACACGACCCUGAGAUCUACGCCGACGGUUACCUGUCUCAGGCGUCCAAGGCUCACGAAGACGAGGAGAUGCAGGAGGAAGAGGGUGAGGACGACGAGGAGAGCGAUGAAGACGACGAAGAGUACAGUGACGAGGAGGGUGAUGACGACGAUGGAGAGGAUGAGGAGGAUGAGGAAGAGGGUGGGAGCGAGCCGAAGAGGAGGAAGGAGAAGGGUGGCGCCGAUCCAAUCGUUAAGAAGGCUGCUGCUGCAAUGUGUGUUGGAAUUGGAAGUUUCGCUGACCCCCCGAAGGCACAGGGCUUAGCACAUUUUCUAGAGCACAUGCUUUUUAUGGGGAGUUCCGAAUUUCCAGAUGAAAAUGAGUAUGACAGCUACCUGUCCAAACAUGGUGGUGCGUCCAAUGCUUUCACUGAAACUGAGUACACAUGCUACCAUUUUGAGGUCAAACGGGAGUAUCUAAAGGGAGCCUUGGACAGAUUUUCUCAGUUCUUUGUAUCACCUCUUGUUAAGGCGGAAGCAAUGGACCGUGAGAUAUUAGCAGUGGACUCAGAAUUUAAUCAAGUUCUGCAAAGUGAUAGCUGCCGCCUUUCCCAACUUCAGUCCCAUACCUGUUCUCAAGGGCACCCUUUGAACAGAUUUACCUGGGGCAACAAGAAAAGCUUAGUUGACGCGAUGGGCAGUGGAAUCAAUCUAAGAGAAGAGAUUUUACAGAUGUACAUGAGAAACUACCACGGAGGAGCGAUGAAGCUGGUUAUAAUUGGAGGAGAACCCCUUGACAUUCUAGAAGGCUGGACCAUGGAACUAUUUAGCAAGGUUAAAGCUGGUCCUCUGUUGGAUAUGACUCCAAAGACUGACAUGCCAUUUUGGAAGUCAGGGAAGCUAUACAAGUUAGAGGCUGUUAGAGAUGUGCAUAGCCUUUUCUUGUCAUGGACACUUCCUUGCUUGCACAAGGAGUACAUGAAAAAGCCAGAAGAUUAUUUAGCACAUCUCCUUGGUCAUGAGGGCAAGGGAAGCUUGCUUUAUUUCUUGAAAGCUAAAGGUUGGGCAAGUUCAUUGAGUGCUGGUGUCGGAAGUGGAGGAUCAGAACGGUCCUCGUAUGCCUACAUCUUUGAAAUGUCUAUCCACCUUACUGAUUCAGGGCUGAAAAAUGUAUUUGAGGUCAUUGGUUCUGUGUACCAAUACAUAAAGUUGCUUAAGCAGUCUGAGCCACAAGAAUGGAUAUUUAAGGAACUUCAGGACAUUGGAAACAUGGAGUUCAGAUUCGCAGAAGAGCAACCUCCAGAUGAUUAUGCAGUUGAUCUUGCAGAAAAUAUGCUUUUUUACUCUGAGAAGCACAUUGUUUGUGGAGAGUAUAUACAUGAGGACUGGGAUCCGGAAUUAGUCAAGCAUGCUUUGUGUUUCUUCAAUCCGGAUAACAUGAGAGUUGACGUACUCAGUAGAUCAUUUGAUAAGCAGUCACAAGCUAUUCAGUGUGAGCCAUGGUUUGGUUCACAGUACAUUGAGGAGGACAUCCCAUCAUCUUUGAUUGAAAGUUGGCGAAAUCCUGUACAAAUAGAUCCUAAUUUACAUUUACCUAGGAAGAAUGAAUUUAUUCCAGGGGACUUCACUCUGCGAAACGCAAACUAUCCUAGAUCCUCAAGUGAUGAUAACCCUCGUUGCAUUGUGGAUGAGCCAUUCAUAAAGCUCUGGUACAAGAUGGACAUGACAUUUAAUGUCCCUCGUGCGAACACUUACUUUUUGAUUUCUGUCAAUGAUGGCUGUAGCAGCCUUGAAAACUCUGUUCUGACAGAGCUGUUCGCAAACCUUCUCAAAGAUGAACUUAAUGAGGUCCUUUAUCAGGCUUAUGUGGCUAAACUGGAGACUUCGAUGUCUGUUGUUGGUAGCAAUCUUGAGAUAAAGCUUUAUGGUUACAAUGAUAAGCUUCCAACCCUGCUGUCCAACAUCUUGUCUGCUUUUCGAUCCUUUUCUCCGAAGACAGAUAGGUUUGAGGUCAUCAAGGAAGAUUUGGAAAGAGCUUACAAGAACACUAACAUGAAGCCUAUGAGCCAUUCUACCUACUUGAGGCUACAAGUCUUGCGUGAAAUAUUUUGGGAUGUUGAUGAAAAACUCGAAGUUCUUAUGAACUUAACAUUUACUGAUCUAGUAACAUUUGUACCGAAGAUCCUUUCCCAGUUACACAUUGAGGGACUCUGUCAUGGCAACCUGUCUGAAGAGGAGGCAAUUAAUAUAUCAAAAAUAUUCCGCAAUACUUUGUCAGCUCAGACACUGCCAGAGGAAGCAAGGCAUGGGGUACGAGUUAUUUGCAUCCCUAAUGGUGCAAACUUCGUUAGAAGUGUGCGCGUGAAGAAUGAUCUUGAAGAAAAUUCUGUGGUUGAGGUCUAUUUCCCAAUUGAGCAAGACAUUGGAAAGGAGGCAACAAGGCUCAGGGCUAUUACAGAUCUUUUUAGCAGCAUUAUUGAAGAACCUUGCUUUGAUCAGUUGAGAACGAAGGAGCAACUUGGCUAUACUGUGGACUCUAGCCCACGGAUGACUUACCGGAUGUUGGCUUACUGUUUUCGAGUUAUGUCCUCCAAAUACAGCCCUAUUUACCUGCAAAGUCGGAUUGAUAACUUCAUCAACGGUCUAUCUACUCUGCUGGACGGGCUCGACGAUGAGACUUUCGAGCACCAUAGAAGUGGUUUAAUAGCUGAUAAACUGGAAAAGGAACCUUCCCUUAGCUACCAAACUGGUGAUUAUUGGUCUCAGAUUGUUGAUAAAAGGUACCUGUUUGAUAUGCCAAAACUGGAAGCUGAAGAGCUUCGGACGAUUCAGAAGGCUGAUGUUAUCGCUUGGUACAAUACAUACAUAAGAUCAUCGGCUCCAAAGCGUAGGCGACUAGCAAUCCAUGUGUAUGGUUGCAACUCGGACAUUGCUGAGGCUGCCAAACUCCAGGAACAGUCAUGGACUGUAAUUGAUGAUGUUAAAUCGUUGAAGGUUUCGUCUCAAUUUUAUUCAAGCCUCUGCUGAGGGAAGGAUGGCACUAGGUGCAAAAUCACAAAUGCCUACAGAUGAACAUCUCCUACAGAUGAAGGCGUGUGUGGAUGGCUGGAUGAACAUUUUGGACGUUCCUGAGGCCUGCCAAGGUGCAAAAGCGUCAUGACAAAUGGCUCAGGCUCCCACUGCUGAUCAACCACCAUGUGAACCUGUAGAUGGUCUACAGGCAAGAAACUGAAGAGCAUCAUUGCAGUUUGACCUAUUCAGUAUCAACCCAUUAUUUCUUAGUUGGGUAAGAACUAGUAUAGGGUUUUGUUGUGCAUCUUGCGAUUUCAUUUUUGAAAAAACAAAAUAUGCUUUAUUUCUACUUUACGCCAAAAAAAUAUUUUUCUCCAAUUUGGCGUUGUAAUUCAUGGAUAUAUAUGAAAAAUCUCCUUUGAGGAAUCAAUAUAGUUAACUUUUCCAUAUAUAUAAGAUGGUCGGAAUCGAUGAAUCGAUCCUGAGAAUUGUGACAGUACAAA